AUAUACAUGUAUAUCAAACUAAAUGAGUAUACAUGAGGUUAGUACUCCAUAGUCUACUGGCACCGUUUUUUUCCCCCCCGUUUAACUUGGUGAGACUUGAGCGGACUAUUUUACGUUUGAAGGAGCCCAGGAGGAUACAUUUGUCAUCACAGCUCAAGAUGCAGCAAACGCGCUUCCAGCAAACUUUUACUCCCUAACCGACCACUGUGGACAUCCAGACGAGGAACUGCGGGGAUCCAUUAAACUCAGUUAAUAAAACAAGAGAAGGCCAUCACUCUGAUCCAUAAAGGACGAAAAGAGGCAGCUAUACCCUGACACCCAGAAUUCAAAGAUAUCCACAACCAUGAAUCUCCGGUGCAAAGUGAAUCUCAACACAUUAGUUUUUCUGCUGAUUCUUCAGGGGGCAACAGUGGUCAUUUUCUAUGGCUGGUAUGUUCAGCUCAGACCCUGUGAGUCUGGAACUCCCACUCGGAAAGUUCAUGUUCUGGUGCUGUCGUCAUGGCGAUCGGGCUCAUCCUUCAUGGGUCAGGUAUUCAGUCAGCACCCGUCUGUCUUCUAUCUCAUGGAGCCUGCUUGGCAUGUGUGGUUCACAUCAAAGGAACCUACUGCACGACUGCUUCGGAUGGCUGUGAGGGAUGUAAUGCGGAGUAUAUUCCAGUGUGACUUCUCAGUAAUGGAUUCCUACCUGCCAGAACAACACAAUGUGUCCUUUUUGUUCAUGUGGAGUCACAGUCGAGCACUGUGUUCCCCGCCUGCCUGUCCUCUCACACCACGCAACCAGAUGAGCAGUGAACCCCAGUGCUUCCAGAAAUGUGAUGCUCGAGGCCUGCAGAAGGUGGAAGAGGCCUGUGGCACGUACAGUCACGUGGUGUUAAAAGAAGUGCGAUUUUUGGAGCUGGAAUCCCUUUACCCUCUUUUGCAGGACCCAAACAUGGAUCUCCGCAUCAUCCAUCUGGUCCGAGACCCCCGGGCCGUGCUGAAGUCCAGAGAGGAGUCAGCCAAAUCUUUUGAGAGAGAUGACAGUAUUGUUUUGGGGCAGAGAAAGGUGCCAGCUGCUGAGGUGCAGUAUCAGGUCAUGCAGGAGAUCUGCCGCAGCCAUGUACGCAUUAAUGAGAGGGCUGUACUGAAGCCCCCUCCAUUUCUGAAAGGACGCUACAAACUAGUUCGCUAUGAGGAUGUGGCACGCAACCCACUUAAGGAGGUUAAUGACAUUUAUGAGUUUGUAGGUUUAGGGAUGACCCCACAACUGGAGGACUGGAUCUACACAGUCACACAUGGAAAUGGUAAAGGUUCUAGAAAAGAGGCUUUUCAAAUUACCUCUCGAAAUGCUACAAACGUCUCCCAGGCUUGGCGCACCAUGCUGCCUUACAGCAAGGUCAAACGUGUUCAGGAAGUGUGUAAAGGAGCCAUGUCACUGCUGGGCUACAAGACAGUUAAUGGCGAAAAAGAGCAGAAGAGACUUGACAUUGAUCUGCUGGUUCCUCAAGAACCAUAUCAGUUCAGCUGGGUAUCAACAAAAAAAGAGCAUAAAAGUAAAAGAUAAAAGAUUAAACGAAAACUUAUCAGCAACUGACUACAGAGGACUGAAUUCUGUACCUGAUCCUGUGGGUGUCACAGACUGAACCUCUUUAUAAAUAGAGGAAACACUGACAAUGUUCAAUGUAAAAGUAUUGAUCUGUGAGGAGGAUUAAACAUGUUACACAGUUAGUGAGGGGACAAUAUUCAAAUGAAAAGUGAGAGCUCUGUAGUACUGUCAGACAGUACAGUUUGUGUUUUCAUAUCAUAAUCAAAAAGUAGAAAAAUCUGAUACCAAGGACAGUUUUCCUAACAUGACUGCAGGUUCCCUGCAGACACUUUAUAAAUGGAUCAAGUUUACAGAAAAUAUUCUACCAUUAGAGCACUUUCAAUAAGAUUUUAAGAUCAAUUUAAAAUAUCUGUAAACUGGCUUCAGUCUAAAUCUGCACACAGAAUCCUACGAGAGACACAAGAAUGUUUACAGAUAAUUACUAAGUUGGGAGAGCUCAUCACAGAUGAUCUGUAUCAUGUGUGUGUCUUUCUUCAGUGACUUUUCAUUGAAUUUCUGCUCAGUUUAGUUUAGCUUACGUUGCGUUUUGCUGCUCGUUUUGCACUUUGCAGACUUUCUGGUAGCUGGGACGCAUGACAGGUACAAUUUUUUAAGCUGUGUUGAGACCUCUUUUGACUCCACAAUAUUUAAGCUGGGCAUCGGGCCAGUGGCUCCUGAAGGUCUGAUGAUUCUCCUACAAGGCAGGAGCUUCACAGUGAGAAGGAUCCCCGGUUCGACUCCCUGGUCCGGCAGGAUCUUUCUGUGUGGAGCUGCAUGUUCUCCCCGUGCUUGCGUGGGUUUCCUCCGGGUACUCCGGCCUCCUCCCACAGUCCAAAAACAUGCGUACUAGCUUAAUGCUAGUGUGAGUGUGAGUGUGUCUGGUUGUCUGUUUAUCCAUGUGGCCCUGCCAUGGACUGGUGACCUGUCCAGGGUGAACCCCUGUAAUGAGCUGGGAUAGACUCCAGCAGACCCUCGUGACCCUGCAAAGGAUAAACGGGUUUAGAAAAUGGAUAGAUGGAUGUUGUGCCUCUUGUUCUGGGAUGGUCAGGAAACACAUUGUUAGCAUCCAAAUAAUUGGACCCCCUACCCUUUCUGCAGCAGCUCCUUUGAGUUUAUUUCCUGCCACCUUGAGUACUUUUCUGUCCAUUAGUACUCAAUAAGUUUUUAUGUAAAUAUUUUAGCAUGGUGACUAAACUAGAGAAGGAAACAGAGUUUGACAUAUACUACAUAGGCUAUACUACUUUAUUUUCUUGAUAAAUAAAGAAGCAAUGAACUGCUUAAUUCUGUACUGAUCAUGUUUUUUAGAGUGAAAUAAUUAAAAUAUGAAUCAUAAUUCUCUUUAAAUUUUAAAUUUGAUUCUCACAUAAUGAAUUAUCCACAGUCCACAGUUCAUUUACAAACUUAAAUAAACGCUUCAGGGGAAAACAUGCAAUCCUGCAGUUUCAAAAGAAACAGAUAAGAGGAAUUAACAUGAGGAACUACAAACAGAAAUUAGCUAUAUAAAACAGUCUGACCUCAUCGGCCCCUGCAUUCAACGGCGAGCUAUCGCAGCUUCCUAAUCUGUCCCGUCAUACACCGUUUCCCAUAAGGCUGGCACAAUAAAAGUUGUAUUCCAACUUUAUGGGCAACCGUGUUCACUUCACGUUUUCAUGAUUCCCUACAUUUGAGUGGGAGACUGCAGAAUACUGAAGGGUUAGCAGGACAUGAAUAAUCCCACAUUAGGACGCUGCAGAAUGGGGUUAAUGCCUUUUUACAAAUAAUUUUCGUGGUUGAGAACAUGUUGCGUAGUGUGUAUGGUGUAUGUGUAAUCAGAAGAGAAAGCGCUGUAGAGCGAGAAUGAAAGAGAAACACAGGAAAUAGAGGGUGUAGACACUACAAAGCAGUGAGGUGCUACAUGCUGUCAUGGUUAAUUCAAUUGUCUUUUAAGACCCAUCCUCACCAAUAAAAACUAGAACAAUAGUAAGCUUCAGACACCUCAGCAGUGCCAGGUGUCUUAAUAAAAUGUCUGUUUAAUUGACCAUAGCUUGAACUGAAAACUCCAUUUAGGGAGGUGUGUUUGUACAAUAUCGAGUGUUUUAACACAGAAGAGGGAGUCAGAAAUAUCAAAUGACAUUAAUGAAGUAUGUAAUUUCUAUGAAGGAUAAUGUAGAAUAAGAAAGAAAUCAGUUUUGGAGCUGUCCAUCUUUCACCACAGAAUUUGAUCCUGGAUGUAUGCUGAUUGGCUGUCAGUUUUUCAAUCAUCCAUUGAGUCUUUCCAAAAGGGAUCCCACUGAUGUUGUUUGCCACCUUUGUUGUUUUCAUACUCUCAACUCCACCAUCAAGUUUAACUGGAAUAAUAACCACAGCUACCUUUCUAUAGUUAAUGUUAUACUUUUUAUUCUACAGUUCAGGGCGGCCCUUUGCUGCUGUGUCAAGCAUCUUGACUAUAAUGUCGCCCUCGUAUAUCGCAGAGUCGCCUGCUCAGUCUUUAGAAAUAUUCUCAACAAUAUGACUUGGCAGUUCAUGAGAGAAAUUAAACGAUAUAAUUGGUUUAGUUCAAUUCAUUCUAUUUAUUACCAAAAUGUAUAACCAAAGGGUGAAUUUGUGAAACUCACUAUUCAAGUUUCUUCAAAAGGUCAUUUUAGAUGGUUGUAGCUGUGGGUGGGAAGGAUCUCCUGUGGUGGUUGAAGACAGAAGACACUGUUGUUGAAUCACUGUUGUGAAGACGAUGUCCAGUGUUGACCAUUAUGUUUUUCAUUUUAUGAAGCAUCUUUCUUUGUAUUUUGGGGUUCUAGAACAGAUCUACACUAAUGGACCCUUAUUGUUGUACAUCUCACUACAAGAUACCGUAUGAGGCUAUAUUUGUCCUUUUCCUUUGUUCACUUAUCAACAUGGUUCUCCUGAGGGAUUUAAACUAAACAUUACUAAACAAUACUUCAGCCGCAGGACAAACUUAAAAACAUAGCUACAUUUAUACGUUAAUGUCAUGAAUUAUUUAUGAAUCAAAAGACAAUGAAAUUAUUGUGUUUUUUUUUCCUAUUGAGUUAUUAACAUGAAGUUUAAACUGCUUUUAUUAGAAUGUCUCCCUUCCUUUACUGUGAAAAAUCUAAGACACACAGCUGUAAUUUUUAAAUAUUGUCAGAGCUUUUUUUUUAAUUUGUGGGAAGAAUUGGUAAAAAAAACUACAUGGUACUUAUUAUAGCAAUAAAUAAGCAUUCAUAUAUAUUAUUUUUCUGUCUAAACUGGCAUUGCUGGGUUUCUCUUGAGAUGUUAUUGCCAUUUGGGCGCCACCUCCUGGCUGAGUCUUUCUCAAACGAUUUAAUUUAUUGUAGAAGUAUCUGUCUUCAUACCAAAGUUGAUGAAGCAACAUUUGUUGGAAAAGGGACUGAAUUGAUUCUUUUAGUUUUGUAUCCCAUCAUGAUUAAAUUAUUAAAAUAAA